AAGUCAGUUGGCUAAAAAGCGGUCGCUGUGGACCCGUGAUUAAGAUAACUGCCAAAAUAUAUGGGCAAAAAAGUGGCGUGUGCUGCACUAUAUAUGUAUAUAUUUAAUCGGGAUCGGGCAUUGUGUGUGGUGUCCAGUGGACUUACGGUGCGGUUAGAGUGAAACGAGCAAACGGCAGUUGCAUUGACAAAGGAAGUGAGCAAAGUGAGUGAACGGGUUUCGGCCAGCAUUUUCACCUGGCCAAAACGGAGAGCCAGAGCCUCUGCACCGCGGCAAGCAGUGAAUGCAGUUCCGAUUUCGAAACACACAGAAACGAAACGAAUCGAGGCGAAAGUCUCUGGCAAGGAAAGUUCUUCGGCGAAUGCAAAAAUCGAGUCGACGAGCCAACAAAAUUGAAUUAAGCUGAGGAGACAGACGACAACACUCCCCGAAAGGAAUUAACCAGGGGCAGAGCAAACUGAAGUGAAUCGAGGAAGGGAACCUUGGCAUGCAAGUGCAGUUGCCCGGCGGAGGAUAAUGAAAAUGCGGAGCCAGGACAUCGUGGGAGCGAAAUUGAAAGCAAAUAGCCACAGAAAGCGGCGAUGCAGCUCGCUUCUCUGUGGACUUAUCCUUCUUUGUGAAGUUGGGAUGAUGGCGUCACUGGCACCCUAUAGUCAACCCCUUACCACGAUGGCGGGUCAACCGCGAAACGAUGACACCUUUCGUCCCAUCCUGCCCAUCGACAUCAGUCCGGAGUUCAUAUCCCGCAAUGUCUUCACCAAGUCCGGACAAUAUCGUGUCUUUCAGCCUGUAGAGAGUGAGAGUGAUCUCCGAUUGACAGUGGCAAUGCGGCGUAGGAAUUUUAAGCAUCCGUCGGAUGCGCCCAAGAAGGAACAGCCCAAAAGUACAACAGUCGAAACACCACUCAACACCACUGCCUCAAUCGAAGCUGAGCUAAAAGGCCUGGAAGAUCUUCUAGUGGACUACGUGGAGCAGUUCUUCAGUAAGGGAAAGUUUGAGCCCACACCUGGAUUGGUCUUGGCCCUGCAGCAUAACCACUCGCAUCCACAAACGGAGCAGGGAAAGCGAACUGCUCGCAGCAUCUUGGAGGACACCAAUGUUGAGCUCAAUGUUCCAAGGGCAUUUGAAAGUGCCAGACUGCUGUUCUUUAGUGGCCUAAAGAAGGUAAUGUGGCCCAUUUAUAUGGGCCUGCAGGUUCUUAAGAGUGUGCUCUUGGCCAUGUUCCUGCCGACCAUCAUCAGCAGCGUCAGCAGACUGAUCGGAAAGGGCAUCACAUCCGGUUCGGCUGGCUCGGUGCCUUUGUUCAUUCGCCCCAUGGAACCGCCGCAGGAACUGGACUUCCGGGAUAACAGCGUGAACUUUGAUGACGACAGCAAGUUUUCCAUGGCCGACGAGGGGAAGACACCAGCUGGCUACGAAUACAAUGCAGAGGCAUCCCAGCAGCAGGCGCAAUAUGCUCAGGUCAACGGAAAUUCGCUGAAUCAGGCCACCCUCUCCCGCUACGGAGGCCAGCAGAUGAUGCAGGAUACGUAUCUGAGCGCAUUGCAGAGCAUCGGUGCUGCCUCAUUUAAGAACUCGCAGAGCAUGUCUGGAUCCUUGAGUGCCGGCGGAGCUCCCGGAAUGACCAAGAAGCCCACACCGGCGGUGAUGAACACUUUCCAGAGCUUCCAGAAGGUGCCCAGUUCAUCGCUUUUGCUUUCCAACUACGAUCCCUUCUACAGUCCGUUGCUCUCGCGGCUGGACUCCGUGUUUGCCCAGCUAAAGCUCCAACCAGAGAACGAGGCGUGUCGGGAGAAACUGAUCUGCCUGAUGUAUGCCAACCCCGCAAAGUAUGCCCCAUACAGCAACCUGGUCUCCGCCCAACUGAGCAGGGAGCUGAAUGAGCUGCGCAAGCCGACCUCGGACAACCCGGACAUCCUGCGGUUCUUUAAGUACAUGCGAGCGGCAAAGGACGGUCAGGAUGGGGUCGACUGUGACCAGUCCUUUGCCAAGUGCAAGGAGCUGAAGGACUUUGAGAACCCGGCCAUGCUGUCCACCUACAACGACAUCAACAAACUGGUCCAGGCCCGUAAGCUGGCGUAGACAGAGGACUGGGCCAGGGGGUUGGAGCCGUCAAAAGGGACGUCAAAGGUGACGCCAAAGUUCGCUCGAGUCACGUCAAAAGUCCGUGGAUAGUAAUUAUGCAAAUCGCACUUUAGAUAGCCUAGCCAUAUAGACAAGUUCGUUAGACGCUCCAC